AUGAUACGAAUCACCGAUGAUGAAGAUAUAGUAUUUGAAGAAAACCCGUCCCUGUCUGUCCCCAGCAAGGUCCACACCAGUCAGCCAAACAAGGUCAAGAAAGACCUAACUACAAAAGAAUCAGUUAACCUUCCUGGAGUUGUGUAUCGCAGUAAAACCGGACAUAAAAUCACUCGGCAAGAGUACCUUAAGGAACGAGGACUAAACGAGAACUUUGAAAAGUCCAGGAGACAAUCAAAAAAAAAUGUCAUCCACGAGAAGGACCUUGAAUGGGGAGGGGGCCUGGUGCAAAAGAGAGAAAUACAAAAGAUUAGAAAACAACAAGAGGACACCAUUGCCGAAUCUCUUCACAGGUUUGUCCUAACACUGUCCGCCUACAAGCAAGCACCCCCCAACAGCAGACACUGA